AUGUUGCAGGAUGUUUUUGAUCCGCCACUGCCAUCAAAUUCAAAUCCAGAUCAACAUCAACAUCAUCAAAAUCAACAUCAACCUCAACAUCAACAACAGCAACUCUCAGUUGAUGAAAUUUCAAGCCCUCUCAGUGCCGCGCAAAUUUUCGAGCUAUGUAACCCUGAGUUAUUUCCAGAAACUUUGCAGAAUUCUGAGGUUACAUCAAGCUCAAAUUGUUGCUAUGAAGAGAAUUCCUCGUAUGCCACAAAUAUAUUAGAUGUAGAAACUAAAUUCAAUAAUAGAAAUAGCAAUCACACAGUAGUCGCAACUCCAACUAGCACCAACAACAACAACAACAAUAAUAAUAAUAAUAAUAACAAUAACAAUAACAAUUCCAACACUAGCAAUAAUCUAUCUGUUAUCUUUGAUUCACAAGAAGAAAUCGACAAUGACAUAUCUGCCUCCAUAGAUUUCUCACUGUCACCGUCUUUCAACGUUCCUUCAUUCCUUCCGGUAACAUCACAACAGCAAGUAGAACAAUUUGAUUUCAAUUCUCACGUUCAACAGUUAACAGCAUGUUCAUCGGUGGAAGGCUUUUCACAGUAUCAUAAUCCAAAUGAUUCAGUUCCACCUCUUAUGGGAGCUCCAUUAUCAUUACCACCUGUUUUUGAAGAGGAUUGCAUAACUUCUGUACCUUCUUAUGUUCCUUUGAACCCUUCUUCUCCUUCUUGCAAUUAUUUUAGUCCUGCCGGAAUGGCCGCGUACAUGCCAAAUGGCCCUCUUACCACUGCUUUGUCUGCUGAUAGCUCUGGUUUGUUUGGUGGGAACAUUCUUCUUGGUUCUGAACUUCAGACUCAAGAGCUUGAUUAUCAAGGAGAUAGUGGUAGAAUUUUUUGCCCAGAUCCUAUUCAGAGGGUGUUUAACCCUCCUGAUCUUCAGGCAAUUAAAACUGAGAAUCAACAACUAGUAGCUGGUUCUGGAAGUUCUGCAACUUUAACACCAGAAAUCUCAAACUUGGAAGAUUCAACAUUCAAGGUUGGAAAGCUUUCUGUUGAAGAAAGGAAAGAAAAGAUUCACAGAUACAUGAAGAAAAGAAACGAAAGAAACUUCAGCAAGAAAAUUAAGUAUGCAUGCCGCAAAACACUGGCUGAUAGCCGACCUCGAGUUAGAGGACGAUUCGCAAAGAAUGAUGAUUUUGGAGAGGCACAAAGAACUGCUAGUGGAAAUCAUGAAGAAGAAGAUGAAGAAGAGGUAGUUGUGAAAGAGGAGGAUGAUAUGGUUGAUUCUUCAGAUAUAUUUGCUCAUAUCAGUGGAGUGAACUCAUUCAAAUGCAACUAUUCUAUUCAGUCAUGGAUUUAA